UACGUAGUUGCGACGUCGACUGUUUCUCGGCGAAAAUAAGGCCAAGCCCAAGCCCAAGGUUAAGCUGAAAAGAAAAGCAGUUUAUUCUGAUGUUUUAAGCUGAUAUUUUGUUGUUAUGAGCAUGUACCACUGCUUUGCUAUGGCUCAGCACCGAUUUACAUUGUCUGAUAGGCUUAUCAGAGCAAUCAGCGGCUGGACCCUAUCACCUAAGGACUCUGUAGAAUCUGUUCUCGCUGAAGGAGCCGACGUGAAUCAGUUGCAUGGCACCCUCCUACCUCUACACUGUGCUUGCAUGACAGGAGAGGAUGAUUAUGUUAAGCUUCUUCUGGAUCACGGUGCAGAGGUAAAUGCUGUUGAUGGGUACGGUCGAGCUGCUAUUCAUUACGCUGCUGAACAAGAUGUAGACUGCCUAAGCCUUCUCCUGGAAUCUGGUGCUGACCCAAAUGCCCUUAACGCCAACGGUGAGACUGCCAUUCAUUGGGCUUCCUUCCGCAACCAGGUUGAGUGUGUCCAGGCUCUUCUUUCAAAGAAUGCAUCCAUCAACAUACCAGAUAUCCAUGGCAACACUCCACUGAACUGGGCAGCAAUGAAGGGAAACCACGAGUGUGUGCAGUUGCUCCUGGAGUACGGUGUGGAGACCCACACGUCAAGUGUCGACGGAGUAUCCCCCAUCUCCCGGGUUGCUUCCUUGAUUGGAGCGGGACUCGACGUUGAAGAGGAAGAAAGUUGCCUAAAUCUACUUAUCAGUGCUACCGGUCAGUUUGACAUUCGAGACGAAGAUGGUUUGAUCCCCUCCGCCAUUCAAAAUGACACGGCUUUAUGCAAUAUGCUAUGGCAGCUUUGCUCCCAUCCCCGGUCAUUACGCCAGCUGUGUCGUUAUACUAUUAGGCACCACCUCAACAACACCCAUCUUCCUACUGCUGUAAAACUGUUACCACUUCCAGCACGCCUACAGAGGUACCUACUAUUGCAAACUUGAUGGUAAUAAUUUCUAGAGAGACUGCAUAUUUAUAUAGCUACAAUACAAUAAUGUGGACCUCUUCGAAAAUCAGUUUGCUAAAAAGCCUAUCCACCCUAUCAUAAUAACCAUAGUAAAUAAAAUCCUCAUCAAUUGAUUGGUUGAGAUUGUACAUGUGACCAGCAUUUGUUUUGCCUAACACAAAAUUUUACUUAUGAGUAGUACAGUAGUGACCAGGCAUAUGGCACCUAACACGCCAGCCCAAACCCAACAAUAAGUCACCGGAAAGGUUCUCUGUAAAUAGCAAAAAUAGAAGUUUGGUCUCCAAAAAGCAAAAAUAAGAAAAUUAGAAUAAGAAUAAGUCUCCUCCAUACUGUCAAAGUCUAAAGUUGCAAAGUUGAAUGAAAGCCAAGAUAGGAGUUGUUUUGACAUUUUUUAAUGGACUGCCUGGGAGUUUCACUGAGAAUGAACAAUGUCCACAUCACAUGCUUUUAAUAGUGGACCCAAACUUCAGUCCUCAUUUUCUCCUUUUUUCCAUUCAAUCAGAGUACUUGUGAGGAUUAUUGAUCAAUUUCGAUAAGUUGUAUUUCAAAGCUUGCGAUGUGCUAUUUCAACAAGCUCAAGGAAAAUCUCCCAAAUUCAUUUUUGAAGACUUUUUGUUGGUUUUUGGGUGGCUGGUCACAAAUGUUAAAGUCACAGUAUACUUUCCAUCCCUACCUACCCUCACAGUUAUUAUAUAGAAAAAACAGUAGGGAAUGCAGUAAUGUUCAAUGAAUGUAUGUCUCUUAAUAAAAAAAAACAUCUUUGGGACCCGUAGAAAAGAACAUGCGUGUGUUCUUAGAUAUUACAUUGAAAAUGGAACAUGGAGCUUGUCCUUCCUGUUGACUGGCUAUCCUAAUUCAUUUUGAAUCAUGUUGGCACCACAUCCCUAGCCAGACAAACCAAUUAGAAGAUCAUCAUGUCUGUUCAACUGUUAUCUCUUAUUGCAUGAUAAAAAUGUUUAUCUGCCUUGGGAUGUUUUUGAGUGCAUACACCCUUCUUCACUUGAGCUUAAAGGACAAGUCCACCCCAACAAAACGUUGAUUUGAAAAAAAGGAGAAAAUCCAACAAGCAAAACACUGAAAAUUUCAUCAAAAUCGGAUGUAAAAUAAGAAAGUUAUGACAUUUUAAAGUUUUGCUUAAUUUCACAAAACAGUAAUAUGCACAUCCUGGUCGGUAUGCAAAUUGGCAGACUGAUGACGUCACCCACUCACUAUUUCUUUUGUAUUUUAUUAUAUGAAAUAUGAAAUAUUCUAAUUUUCUCCUCUUUAUCAAGUGAAAAGAAGUUUUAUUUCUCCCUGAACAUGUGGAAUUACCAUCAUUUUAACAGUUUAUGGUUAAGUUAAAGAAUUAAAAACAUGGUAUCCAAGUUUAAAUACCCUUUCUUCAUUUGAAAAUCAUAAGUCAAUAUGAAGGUUUAUACAAUGUUAGUCAUGAUCAUUUGACUAUUUAAUGCAUCUGGUAAACAUUUUGACAGGCCUUCAGGGGAAAAUGAAAUAUGAUGCCUGCAACAAUAUCAUACUGUCCUGACUCUUGUCACAUAGGCAACAUGAUUCUUUAAAGAGCAGCUUUAAUCAUUACGUACAGCUGCAUGUUAUAUGUCAUUUCCGCUGAUAGAUUGUAGUAAUUUGCAUGUCUUUGUCUUCUAAUAUCCUCUGAUUGCAGUUUAUUUAUUCAAGUAUUUGUAUUCUUAUUUGUGAUGUAUUAUUACAACAUGCAUGUCUUUUUCACAUAUGAACAGUAACUGCGCAUUUGCACUUAGAUGAAAGUGUCGGGGUGGAAUAUGGAGGAUUGUUGCCUUCAUUUCUUGUACAGGUUACUAAGGAAACGUGGAAGAGUAUGGACUAUGGUAAAUAUUGUAGCCUCCUGACUUAGAUUUGGGGGUAGUGUGCAAAAUAUGGAUUUUUAUUAUGCAACUGUGGCAACUUGUGGAGGUAGUACUAGUAAUAUAUUCUAGAUAUUCCUAUUUUGUGCAAUAUUCUACAUGAAAUUAUGUAGCGAUGUUCUUUUAAAUUAUUGAAUGAUUUCUCGUUUUAAAUUGAUACUGCCAUAACAUAAUCAUGGAAGGGAUUACAGAGUACAGACUGUCAAUUUCAUUUCAACUUAACAUUUUAAUUUCAUCUUUUAGAGUAUGUAAUUUUUACUUAGUUUUCUAAGAGAUUGUCUUUUGUUGUUUUGGCAAUUGAUAAAUAGCUAUGGUUAGAUCACAUUAUGUUAGCCAUACACUGAAUAAUUUAAUUUCGCUCCAUCUCAGAUCUUAAUAUUUCCCCUUGUAUUAUUUAUUGAUUAAUUCUAAUUUUUGUCUCGCCUGCUUAGCAGAGCGACACUAUAGACGCUGCUUUUCCAAUGGUGUCAUCAUCAUUGAAAUCUUAACCAAGGUUAAUUUUUUAUGUCAUCAUAACUUUGUGAGUUUAUUGAUCUAGUUCAUGAAAAUAUGACACAAGGGUAAUGGUCAUCACUGAACACGAGUCAGAUCACGUGACCAAGGUGAAAUGUCAUUUAGGGUCGACUAAUUUCAAUUUAAUUGAAAAUUAUACAUUUUAGUUUCAGUAGUUUCAUACUGAAGUGAAAUCCCAUCCAUAUUCGUACUUCCACUUUGUAGAAAGACUAAGUUUAAAAAUCACUUAAAAUAAAUGUGGAGGUAUUUGCACAAGGAUUUAAAGGGGGAGUGAACUGUCUGUCGUAUCUCAUUGACUGUGUGUUAUAAAUACAUAGUCUUAAAAUAUACGUUUUCAAAUAGGUACUAAUACUACAGAUAAUAAAUUGACCUAUAAUUGUAUUUGUAUAGAGAAACUAAAAUGUUUUGAGCGGAAAAGCAAUUGUUUUGCUACUUGGUAACAUAAUUAUUGCAGUAUAAGUGUAUUGAUUUAAUUAACAUGUUAUUAUUCAAGUGGGUCUAUAUUAUUAGACUACACUAGCAUUAUGGGUCAGGAAACUGACCAGGUAUGAGUAGUUGAGGACUCGAGAUGGCGUUAUUGGUUCGUAUCUGCUAGUGCGACUGAAAUAGUUUUAUAUUUCUAGUUGUGUGAUAAACACAUCACUGUAUAGGCUAUCUGGCUAGGUCAUCCUCAGGUGGUAUAUUCUGCUGCAUAUUAAUCAAUGAGAGUACACAUUAAGAUAUCUUGUGCACACUUAAGCCUGACUUUAAUUGUGAAAUGGACCUUUUUAUUCUUCAUUAGGACUUUGGUGAUUUUUUUUUUACAAUAAACCGGACUUCAUCUA